AUGACUUCCAAACAUUUGUACAAACAAUAUUUGCGAUUGGUCUCAAAAUGGCCGAAAGACACAAAUAAAGCGCCGCAACGAGAUUUCGCCAAUUUUUUGAGCAAAGAAGUUGAGGCACAAUUUCAAACACCCGCUCUGGAUAAUGUACUUUGUGAAAAACGAUUGAAUGGUAAUCAUUUUCUCAAAAAAAACCUUUAAAAAUUUAUUUUCAGCCCUGGAUCAAUUAUUGAAUAAUGAGGUGCUGAAAAAGUAUCCACACAACUAUUCUUCUGGAGUUUUCGGAUUGCGAUUAGAAGUUUUGCAAAAAGCAAGCAGCGAGGAGAGUCGUAAACAAAUGGGCUUGAAACCGAAAGAGGGAAUUAUUAAAAAAGUUUGGUCGAGCGUGUUUUCGAAAACGAAAAAGGAUUAAUUAUAUUUUUUCAUAAUUAGACAUUUGUAGUUAUUUAUUUUUUGAAUGAAGAAUCUAGCGCUAAGGUUCAAAAAAGUUAGGAGAAUGAAGUUUUUUCACUGAAUUUCACUGAAAAAAAAUUCGAAUUCGAAUUUUAUGAAAAAUAUUUGACACAUCUUAUCUGUGUGUUACAGUACCCAAUCUACACGAGAUAUUUUUAUUUAUUUGUGUGAACCUUUUAAAAACUACGGUUUGCGAAAAAUAUUUUUAUUUAUUUUCUCGCAAACAAAAACCAAAAAUCGAGAGAUUUGUUUAUGAAAUUGUUCGUCAUUGUUUAUUUGAUUCGAUUUCGAAAUUUAAACUUUUUCCUAGGAUUUCAUUUUUUUUUCCUUUAACACUUAUUCAUAAACCAUAUUUAUUAUUAUAAAUAUAAUAAAUACGCAUAGGAAAAAAUGACUGAAGGCGCCCUCAAUUUGCCUCUCUCUUGUCUCUUUUUCUUCCCUUCUCCCUCUCUCCAUCCAACAUGUUUUCUUUUAUCGAUUUUUUGUCCAUUUCUAAAUAUUUUUCUGUUGCGCGUUGUACUUUUCUCUCCAGUGUUUUCUUGAAAUUAUUUAUUUAUUUAUUUUUGUUUAUUUAUUAAUUGCUCAAAAAUCAAGAUAGUGUUUCAGACUGAUCUGAUGUCUAAAUUGGAAUGGGUGCGCGUGUCAAACGCCACCCAGGAUCCACAAACCAAAUCGUCAGUAGCACAAGAUCAAGUGGUGAAAAUCGUGGGCGAUGAUGGUGAUUGGUAUCAUAUUCAAACGAUUGAAGGAAGUUCGGGAAGAGUUCCAAAAGUUCUCACUUUGCCCAUAGCUGAUCCAAUUCGACAACCAGGACAGUUUAUUUAUUGUUCGACAGAUUCUUAUACUUCUGUGAGAUCGGAUGAUUUAUCUUUUGGACCCUUUUCACUUUUCGGUAAGUCUUUGUUUGAAUUCUGAUUCUUUUACUAGCUUCCUUUUUUGUCGGAUCAAAAUAUACUAAAAUUUACAUUUAAAAAAUUCAAUUUUUUCACGUUUUCACGUGAAAAUAACACAUUGUUCAUUUCCAAAAUCAUCAUUAUUAUUUUCAGUCGCCUCCCCAUCAAAACGUCACGAAGGAUACCUCGAAGGUUAUCUUGUCACUGACAAUGGCUCACAAUUAGGAGGCCCUGGCCUGCUUCCUGAUGGAUAUUUAGUGCAGCUUCCGAAUUCAUCGGAUAGACAAGUUGAGAGUUCUACACCCAGUUCGACCUCUUUCGGAAUGACUCCCUCAUUUACCACCGAUUUUGCUGAAGUUGAUGUGAAGUUUCGGAAUUUGCCUCCACCGUCAGCUGCAGCUACGUCGAAUUAUAGCGUUUCGCCGUACGCGAGAGCGAUUUAUGAUUUUCAGUGGGUUUUUUUUAUUCUCCGGAAACCUAGAAAUUUUGUUUUGUUUUUAGGGGCGAAUUUGCGAAUGAAUUGACAUUCAAAGCUGAUGAGAUCAUCACUUUAAUCCGAAGAAUUGAUGCAGAAUGGCUUGAAGGAACUGUUGAUACAGGAAGAACUGGAAUAUUUCCAGCAUCUUUCGUGCAAAUUAUUGUUGCUCUCCCAGAAGACGAAGAAUCCGAGUCGAUAAAAAGACGGAGCACUGCAACAGCCAACGAGAAUGAUGGAAUUGGCUUCGCUAAUGUUCGACACGCUUUUAAAGGUCGACAAUCGGAUGAAUUGGAUGUGCAAGCUGGUGAUACUGUAAGAGUUCUACGAAUGGUGAAUGAUGAAUGGGUAAUGUGCAAAGAUCCGGAUAGUGAAAGAACUGGAAUUGUGCCACUGGGUUUUCUUGAAAUUUAUCUUGACGAUGAAGAUGAUGAGGAGAACGCGGCGAAGAUUCGAGCAAAUUCCACUGCUGGAUCAUCAUUUGUCGCGCCAACUAGUAGUUUUGCUGAUUGGCGAACUUCGACGAGGAUUGAUAGUAUCCCUGAUAAUGUGUCAAUGAAAUCGAAUUCCACGAGUAAUUGGGCGACCUUUGGAGCAGAUGAUUGGAUGGCUGGACCUGCACCAAAAGCUACUGCACCUGCAAGACCUCCACCGCCAAAAAUCACAUCACCGAAUGAUGUUGUUUCGGUGACUGAGAUGUUUGGGAUGACUGAAAGACAGGCGCCACCUAGACCAACUGCACCGAGUUCGAUGUUUAGUCAAACGAAUGAUUUUAUGAUGGGAAUUGAAAGUGCAACCGCAGGUGCUGCUAGUAAUGAAGACAAAAGAUUAAAGAUUUUGGAAGAACUUAUUAGCUCGGAACUUCAAUUCAUCACAGAUAUCAAUUCAUACACUGAAGCUGUCGAAGGAAGCUCUUUACUCAGUGCAAAACAAAAAGUGGUUAUGAAAAAUGGUUGCGCACAAAUCGUCCAACUCUCAGCCAACUUGGUUCAAUUUCUUACCAAUGAGCAGAGUAAUUUUUCUUUUUUAUAAUCCAUUCGUUUUUUUUUCAAAUUAUUUUUUCUAGUUAAACCAAGCGAUGCUCAACAAAUUGGUGGAUGCUUUUUACAAUUGCGAAAACCGUUUGCACAAACUUACGGGUAUUAUUUUAGGAAUAUUGAGCAUAUCAAUCAAUUGUUGACUUCGGCGGUUAGUUUCUUGCAUUUAGUUAGAAAUGAGCACAAAAAUAAAAAUUCAAAAUUCUCGGUCACGUUUCCACGUGAAAAAUAGUUAUUUAUCAUUUUCAAAAUGUUUAAUUUCAGAAAACCGAAAAAACCAUGGAAGACGCUUUGAAUGACGUCGUCCGUCGAAUGCGUGAAUCUGGAGCUGGUGUAAUUGAUGGUGCAACAGCAGUCGGUCGACCUGUCCAAAGAUGCCUCAAAUAUCCGCUAUUUUUGAACGAGAUUGUCAAAGUUACACCGCUGAAUCAUGUGGAUCAUCCAAAAUUGUUGGAAGCGGUCAAAUCGAUGUCGAAUUUGGGGCAAAAAAUGAAUGAAUCGAAAAGGAGGAAGGAAUUGAGUGAGUUGUUGAGAAAAUACAAAAAAAGUUUUGUAGUUUUUUUCGGACGAAGCUGCGCCCCUUUUUCCUAUGAAAAAAUAGCAUGACUCAUAUUAUAUUAUUUUAUUUUAGCACGAAAAUACAUGACUAAAAACAGAAAUUAAUUUUUUUAAAAGUUUUUCUAGUUGAUUUUCACCUGUUGGCCCCAGUAUCUUAAUCAAAAACAGCUUUGCUAAAUUCUGAGGUGCAAAAAUUUCUGACCGACUCUGUAAGAUUAUAACUAGCUUCGUUGUAGUCAACUAAAAAUUUUCCACAUCAUAACUCGUAUUCAAAGUUGAGCUAAUAAAUUUUUGGCGGGACUUUGAUCAGCGGGUUAAAAUGUACUAGGAAACAUAGUUCACUUCAAUAAAUUGUGACUACAAAAAUACUAUGACUCAUUUUAUAUUGUUCCAUUUUAGCACGAAAAUAUAUGGCUGAAGACCGUCAAACUUUCGGGGAAAUGUUAUCAAAAAUGACUUUUCAUUCGCUGAAAAAGAAAUCGAAUCGAUUCACUUAUCGAAUGGGUUCAUCACUUGGUGUUGUGAAAGUUCUGAGAGAUGUCGAGUUCGAUCAACUCGUUUGUGAAUUGGAUAGCGCUGAAAGACGACUGGUUCGAUUCAAUUAUAUGUUGGUUAUUUAUUGGAAAAAGAUGUUUCAUGAAACUCGAGUGCUAAUUAAUAAACGACUAAUUGAACCGAGGAAAAAGGCAUUGAGUAGUGCAGAUAUCGAUAAUCAAUGUUAUGGUUUCAAUGAGGCGGUUAAGGAUUUUGUAGGCAAAAUUAAACUACGUGUUAGAGAUGAGAUUGUGAAAGCGUUGCGUGGAAUUCCGAAAAGAUUAAUCAAAAAACGAAAUGAUAAAUUGAUGGAUUAUGAAGCGGCGAAAUCGAAUCAUCGAGGAAAUGGGAAACGAGAUUUUGUGGAAAUCCAAAAGGAUUAUGAAGCAUUGAAUGCACAGGUGAAACAAGAACUACCCAAAAGUGUUGAUCAAUUGACAAAAGUGUUGGCUGAAGCGAUGAAAACUGUGAUAAGCGAAGAUACGAGUUUGAUGACUGCGUUGAAAAAACACUUCGAUUCUUUGAAAUCAAUAUCUGCCGCAGAUCCGAAUGCACAAACCAAGCAACUUGUUCUAUCAAAUACUAUUUGUUUUGUUUCACAUUAUGAUCCAGAUCGGUUGAAGCCUCUUCAAAAAAUUGCUAAUAAAAGUGCGCAAUCAAACAGAAUUCGAGCGAGAUCUGCUUCUCCGAAUUCCUCUGCGACUACUUCUGCAAAUCCAUCAUCCAAUGGAGUCAAUAAUAAACCCAGUCAUAAAAUUGUGCCAAUUGAUGAUGCUUGGAAAUCUCCUUCUGCUGCUCCUGUUCCUGCUAAACAAGAUGCGGCUCCGAAAUUCCGUGCACAAACUGCUGAGGAGCGCAAAACUAUUCUGGAAAAAGCUACGGCGAAGGGAAGACUCGGUGAUAUGUUCGUUGCCACGUCACAUUAUCCACAUGACCCCGGAAUGCAAAAAAUCGCCCUAGCCGAAGGAAAACUAUUGAUUGUUCGACAAAAUGAUCUCGUUUUGGCUGUAAAUCGUGAAGUUCCAAGUAUGUGGCUCUGUUAUAAUGGAUAUUAUAAUGCGAUGUUGCCUAGUAAUGUAUUGAAGCCUUAUAAACAACAACAAAGUCAAAUUGAAACAGGAUUCGAUGUGGCGAAAUCGAUUCGACCUGCUAGUGUACCUGCAAAAAGUCAGAAUCUUCUAGACUUGGAAGAUGUUUUUGGUGGAGUCGCGCCGAUUCAACCAACACCUUUGAACCAACCGCCACCAACUAAUAUCCCAGUUAGCAAUUCGUUUGUUGUUGAUUGGAAUGUGGCUGCACAAUCUUUGCCUCUGGCCCCAGUUCUUCAGCCGCAGGCACCUCCCACACAAUUUCCAACUCAGUUUCCCACCCAGUUUACAUCACAAGGCCCAAAAGUGGAAACUCCUCUUGCUGGCGCUAAUUAUAAUUUGGAUGAAACUGAUCUAUUUUCUGGCGUGGCUUCUGUUGAUUGGGGAUCGAAAGCAAGAACUCCAUCGGCUCCCAAUAUUUAUGCAAACACUGGCGAUUCCUCUUGGGCAAGUUUCAAUGUUGAUUCGCUGCCACCAACUGCACCACCGCCUUUGCCAGUUUAUACGAAUCCGCCACCAGCGACUAGUAAUUUUGAUGAUGUUUUUGCUACACUUCCACCAACGACUUCGAUUGCACAGCGGUGAGUUUUUUUCGAAAAAUUAUUCAACUUCAUAAAUGUCGAGGUUCAAAAAAAUGCACCGAAAAUACUUGUAAAAAAUCCAAAAUUUUUGUUCCGGAAAAAUUACGUUUCAAAAAUUAUUCGAAAAAAAAUUAAUGUGCAAAAUUUUUUAAUGUGUAGUUACAUUUUUUUAAACAAACACAAAACACGGAUUAAUGAAUAGCCACGUGUUAUUUUGAAUUUUGAAACUGUAGAAAAAUAAUUUAACCAUUUUUCAAAGACCCAACUUAGUUUGCCCAGUUUCGGCUGUUUUUUUAUCACACGAUUUUUUUUUCAAUUGUUUUCCGAAACGUAACUUUUCCGGGAAAAUUUAUUUUGGAAAAUAUCGAUUUUCUCAGAGUUGUUCGGUGUGACUGAGUCUUGCAGAUCGCCUAAAUUUAACAUUCGAUGUCUAGAAAGUUUAGAAAUCCUGAAUUUCCAGACUUUAUAGCUUUUUUCCGAUUUCCCGAUUUCAAAUAUCAAAUUUCCGACACAGCUCUAAUAAUUAUGAUAAUUUUGCAGUUCUUCAUCGGCGGCUGCUAAUGCAUGGCCAAUGAACACUUCUUCCUCAAUGGUUCAACGCGCUGAAUCACCUCAACCACUUAUCCCAUCUCGUCCGAUGCCCAACACCAAAACUACCAGCAACGUCUAUCCGCAACUCAAUUCCGCUUAUGAUCUUCCACCAGUUGCCGAGCAGCCCAAUUAUUCGAAACCUCCGACUUAUUCUCAACCACCUUCUUAUUCACAACCACCAAGUUAUGACGUGGUGCCAACAACAUCUUCAUUUUCUAAUGCGACAGCAGCAUUUUACGAUGCUCCGCCAGCGCAAACUAGUUUCGCGACUUCUGCGGCCAAGAAUACUUAUGAUCAACCACCUGGUGAGAAUGGAUCUUCUUCGGCGAUUAGACCUGUGGUGAGUUAUGACGUGGCACUUGGAUUUGGGGUUUUCAAAUAUUUCUUAAAAAGUUAGCUCCACAAAUUUACGAAUGAAAAUUUGACGCUAAAUUUUUCUUUGAAACGUAAUUAUUAGAAAACAUUUCCCAUAAUUUUCAAUUUUAUUUUCAUUGAAAAAAGUCACCAAACGUAUUCUUGAGAAUUUGUUUUUUCCAAAACAUUCAGAAUUUGAAAUAUCUAAAGCUAUGAUGUGGCAAAAUCCAAAUAAUUGUGUUCCUUUUCCAGCUCUGCGAAGUUCGAGUUGAUUACGAUUUCGUGCCACAAGGUUCCAAUCAAGUUGAUGUAAAUGAGGGUGAAAAAGUUGGUGUUCUACAAAGAACCGAUGAUGAUGGAAAUCCUGAAUGGCUUCUUGUCAAACGAGAUAAUGGAAAAGUUGGAUAUGUUCCAGCCGCAUAUUGUAGACCUAUUUAG